UCGCUCUCUCGUGUAUAACUACGCCCCACCACAUCGCCUUCUGCACGACCUCCAAAUUCGAACUCAAAGAAAUCCAUAUAUGCCUGCCUCAAAUUCUGCAGUAUCCGUGGAAGAAAUGAAGAAGGGAUUGUACAUGUGCUCCGCCGUGACAUCAACGAGAUGCGGCGGCGACCUCGAAGACGACCACGUCCCGACGCUGCUCUUCACGGCUGGAACUGCUCUCGCCGCGCUGUGCCUGAAGCGCGCCGUCCUCGCCUCCUUGAGGAAGCAGUGCUGGCAGGUGUGGUGGGUCUUCGUGCUCCUCAACGCCAUCCUCCUGGUCGUUCUCUUAACUUCCAUGCGCUCCAGCUCGACGCCGGGCCACCGAAAGAGUCAAGACACAGAGUCGACGGACGACGGGGAACGCACACCCAAGAAGCAAAGGAAGAGAAAACUGCGGCGGUGCUCUGGGCCUCCCCCGGCGGCGGUCGAAAGUGCACGCGGCGAACGCGAGGAAUCUGUUUGCCAAGAAAAAGAUGGUUGGAGUGGGGCUGGGGAGCGAGAUGCGGUACAAGAGGACGAUCAAGGAGCAGUCUACGAGGAGUUGUCGGACGAGGAGUUGAACGAGAGAGUCGAAACGUUCAUUGCGACGUUCAGGCAGCACCUGGUUUCUGAUGCGAGACGGAGGUGAAAUUUUUUUGGGUUGGUCUUGUGAAGAAGAUUCAACGAACGGUCAACACAAAUUUGUUUUUUCUGUUUUUUUUCCUCGUGAUUUGCUGCAAUAUAUAUUUGAGUUAUAUUAUUAUUUAUUUGCAAAAUCGAAUGGUAGCAAUUAUGACAUG